AUGAGCAAUGUUGUUCCUUCUUUGUGUUCGGUUGCUCUAAUCAACAUGGAAAAGGCAUUCCAAGCAUGUUUUGAAAAGCUCACAGAAGAAACAAAUGAAAUUGGAAGUCUCCUAAAACUUCGACUCGUCAACCAGCUCUUCAAUGGCGAGAGCCUUCGAAAGCUUCGAAUUCUUCAUAAGGAGAUAAUCAUUGAAGUCAACCACCACGCGUUCGCUGUUGAAAAUAUGAAUCGGAGAUACAACAUAUUCUUGAAUGAGACCGUGCAAGUCAAAGUUCACAAAUUGAAACUGAAGAACGUGUAUCGAUUUGGUGGAGCACUUCAGCAAGUAAUUCAUCAUGCUAUAGUUAAUGUUUUAGUUGGACGCAAUAAUCGUGACCGUCUCGUGGAGGUUACUGGGAUGGAGGAUGUCUGUAUGUCGGGAUGCGAGGACUGCACGUCACUCAUCAAGAAGUGCAACGUUUGCGGCCCGAUCCAAUGGCAUGCCUUGACAAGACUAAAACAAAAUGAGAAGUAUGACACUCUCAUUGUCUCAGACAACCUACUCACUCUCAUUGCUGAACAUGCCAUGAUGGAAACGUUUCUAAAUGGAGACGUGCGAACAAAUGUCGACAAAAUCGUUCCACCACUACAGUGCACUAAUUUGGUUCUUGUGGUUACUGAUGACUUUUCUGAUCCUGAUUUCACGCAUCUAGUCAGUAUCGACGGAACUACGACUCCUCAAGGAAUUCCUCUUGUCAUUUUGAAUGAGGUCUUGAAAAAGUGGACGCCGAAGAAAAUAACACUUGAAGCCCACGCAUCCAGACCCACCGGUUAUUCUUCGUCCUACAAUUACCAAGAAGGAUUCGAUCAUACUUUGUUUACAAGUUCUUCUGAUAGAAUUCAGCAAAAUCAAAAUCAGAUGUUCGAUCAUGUAACUGUGGAUCUCACAUUCGCUGGCGUGUUCGUUGACGAUUUUAUUCGCCAUAAUCGUGAAAGAAACCUGAUUCCCAACGUGUUGAAGAUGUUUCCCACCAAGAAGAUGACAAUCAUAUUUCCAAGAGGAUUUGGAAAUGUACAAAAUAUGGUUUAUCCUAAUUUCUUCCUCUGCUAA